UGCCCGCGCCUUCGUCUCGCCCCGCCUUUUAUACCCGCUACAGGGAUGGCGUCCGUGCGCACGCGUUCCGCAUCCCCUAAGUCUGUCUCGUUCUCCCCCGUGCUCGAGCGGAAGUACAGCAUCGACCGAGCGCCGUCGAGUCCGCCCGAGCUGAAGAGCCAGGAUUGGAGGAAAUACUUUACCGACUUCAGCGCUUAUCUUGAUGCGCUCCUCGCCGACCUCCAGAAUUCGAUCAACCCCGGCGCCCGCGUGGGCAGCCCGGGCCGCACCGGGUCUCCCGGCGGCCGCACCGCCUCGCCCGGCGCCCGCACCGCCUCCCCUGGAGGCCGGACGAGCUCUCCGGGGGGCAGGAGUUCACCUGGGGGCAGCUUGAGCUCACCUACUUCCACGGGAUACGGCUCAAUCCUGAAUGGCUCCAGGAAUACGGAUUACAAUAAAUCUAGCUCGCCCACAUACCAGAACACGGGCUCACUAGAAAAGGUCAUCCCAGUGAAAUACACCAACAGUGCCUCGGGCUACGGUGGCCACACGCCGUACUCCACGGGACACUCCGGCUAUGGCCGGACGACGGGAGGCCGCGGGAACCUGUCCGAGUUGGACACCCUACUGGAUGACCUGAGCAACGCGAGAUAUGGCAGCUAUGGUGACAAGACUCCCACUAGUGAACGAGACGGGUACGCGCGCACCAACGGCGCGGCAAGCCCGGCGUCCGCGCGGCCCACCGUGGACUCUCUACUCGAUCAGCUCAGCACAGACCUGCACAAUGGACGAUCAUCGACAUCGCCCGUACCACCUGCAGGCUCCUUACCCCGGCCUGGCACCAAGCAUGUCACCGUCACGGUACAGGAGACCGUGGUGGAGUCCGCAGCGCCGCCCGUCCCAGCGCCGGCGCACACCACCACGGUCACGCGGCACCACGCCUCCAGCGCCACCCGGGAGCUGGACGACCUCAUGGCGUCUCUCUCUGACUUCAAGGUGAGCGGCUCAGGAGGCGAAGGUGGAACACACGUGUACCGGGAGAAGCGCGCUUGGCAGGAGCACUACCGCAGCAGCCCGCGGCAACCCGAAUCCGCCUCCCUCGAGCAUAUGCUCGGAUCCCUCCGGGCAGACAUGAGCCGCCAAGGAGUCCAGACCCCCCAGAAGGGAUGCUGCAACGCGUGCGAGAAGCCCAUCGUCGGACAGGUGAUCACGGCGCUGGGCCGCACGUGGCACCCCGAGCACUUCACGUGCGCGCACUGCAACCAGGAGCUGGGCACUAGGAACUUCUUCGAGCGCGACGGCCGCCCCUACUGCGAGCCCGACUACCACAACCUCUUCUCGCCCAGAUGCGCCUACUGUAACGGCCCCAUCCUCGACAAAUGUGUCACGGCGCUGGAGAAGACAUGGCACACGGAGCACUUCUUCUGCGCCCAGUGUGGACAGCAGUUCGGAGAGGACGGCUUCCAUGAGCGGGACGGCAAGCCGUACUGCCGCGCCGAUUACUUCGACAUGUUCGCGCCCAAGUGCGGCGGCUGCAGCAAGCCCAUCAUGGAGAACUACAUCUCCGCACUCAACACCCAGUGGCAUCCCGAUUGCUUCGUCUGCAAGGAAUGCCGCGAGCCCUUCCACGGCGGCUCAUUCUUCGAGCACGAAGGGCAGCCCUACUGCGAGACGCACUACCACGGGAAGCGAGGCUCACUGUGCGCCGGCUGCCACAAACCCAUCGCCGGCCGCUGCAUUACUGCCAUGUUCAGGAAGUUCCACCCAGAACAUUUCGUUUGCGCCUUCUGUCUGAGGCAGCUGAAUAAGGGAACUUUCAAGGAACAAAACGAUAAGCCGUACUGUCAUACGUGCUUUGAGAAACUCUUCGGUUAGACGGGACAUGGCGCUGUUAAAUAAUAGUUGAGGUUAAGAACUAAUAUCACAAUAAACUGUCACGUUGCAGUACGAUGCCGCUUACAUAGCUUUGAAUCUAUAAGUUACAGUAUCACAAAUAAUAAAACAUACAAAAAAGCCUUAUUCGUCGGCUAUAGCAAGUACCACAAAGGUCAGUGCUGCGACACCACAUCAAGCGAGACUCUCUGUGCGUCGGCUGCCACAAGCCUGUCGCCGGACGCUGCAUUAUUGCCAUGUUCAGGAAGUUCCACCCAGAACACUUCGUUUGCGCCUUCUGUCUCAGGCAGCUGAAUAAGGGAACUUUCAAGGAACAGAACGAUAAGCCGUACUGUCAUACGUGCUUUGAGAAACUGUUUGGGUAGAUAGAUGGCGCUGUAAUACGUAUUUAGCGCUCUCGAUUAAGAUUAAAAUCACAAAUCUACUUCACUUUAUUAAUUCCAUGAAGGUCAGAUGCUCCAAUUUAAGAUAUGCUUACAUUUUUCACGAUAAACUGCCUGCUCGUAAUGUGACACGAUUUUUGGUUUUUAAAACUGAUGAAUUAAACGCUCGGAGUCUACCGUCAUUUUUCGGUGCGUGUUAAAACUUGAUGUGUUUGCUUACCAACAAAUAUAUCCAUAAGGCAUGAUAUACCUUCAAUUCGAUCGAUACAUCGAGAAAUAUGUGAUGGAACUGGUACUACAUACGUAGGUAUACACAUAUCUUUCACUUAUGAGUUGCCGUAUAAAAUAAUUACUAAGUCAAUUCAUAAUACCUACGUAUCUACAACUUGGCAAAAAAGAGUACAAAUUAAAAAGUGGAAUGUCAUGUCAUCCCUUUCUUAUCAAUAUGUGUAAGAAAACGAGACGACACGACGUUUUUGCCACUUUUUAAAACUCUUUUUUGACAGGUUAUUCCUAUGCGUAACGUAACGUUCUGAUUUCUGAAAUUAAUUAUUAUGAACGGAUUUAUUAUCUAAUGAUAAAACGACACGAUUCGAUUAUAAUCUUAACAUAGAGGACACACUGUGAUUAGAUAUAUUAAAUUAUACCUAAAGAUGUUCGUCGUGACCGUAUUACGUCUAGUACAAAAAGUAGUGUCGGCCGCGUACCGAAAUGUAGACUUUCUAAAUCUCUUAUUGAAAUUUGUGAUUGUAAAUUUCUUAUUAUAAGAGUAGACGAUGGAAAUGUUCAAAAUGUAGAAAUCGAGUAGUAAUAGUUCAUAUGUACUAUUUUCAAUGAAAAGGGUACUCUUUGAUUGACAACGUAACAUACAAAUAAAUAAUGUCAAUACUUCAAUAAUUAAUGGUAGAUAUUACAAUACCAUUAUUAUAAUAUAAGGAAUAAUAUAUCUAUAACUGUAAUUUAUUAGUCACCUGCACAAAUGCAAGCACAAUGUUGUUUUUUUGCUUACUUUAUUAAUUAAAACAUUAAUUAACUCAUUUGUGCAAAUGAUAAAUAAAAUACAAUUCGAGACUUAAGUAUGAAUAUGUUUGCAAUAUAGAACUUUGUCUUUUUAACAUUAAUAUGUUUGCAAAUUGUUUAAAACACAUAAUAAUAACAUGUGUUUUAUUUAUGUGAAAUUACAGCAUAAAGGUUAAAAUCACAAAAUUCUAUAAUCUACAUACUCAUUUACAUUAUUUAUUUCAUUUAGACGGCCUACUAAGAAACUUGGUCUAACAGUCAGUACAAAACAUCAGUAGGUAACUCUACUGCCAACUCGAUGUAAAAACCGUGACUAAGCAACACCUAACUAGUGCAUAUAGUGUGAUAAGACUAAGUACUAAAUGAUCGACGAAGUACGUAGACUUUUUAAUUUCAUUCGGUAAGGUAUCUGUCCACACACAUAUUUAGUAGGCAUUGUAGCGGCCAGUACCUUUGUUUUAUUUUAUUUUGACGCACAAUAUUACAUACCGUAUAAAGUGACUGACCAUUUGUAUGCCGCCAAUCCACAAACGCUCACGACAAUAUCUGUUUCGUAGCUAUCUAUCUCUAUCGCUCUUGGACAUUGGCGCGACAGAGCCAGACUGCCUAUUUGUCGGCGUCUAGCGUCGACGAUUGCCAUUCGUUAACGCCGGCAGAAACAGACGCGAAAGUAAAGUCUCGUGACGAUACUGAUGAUGAGAAGUUUCAAUUAUCGUUGUCUUUAAAAUAAUGUCACUUGGUAAGGCCACCUAAUUGAUAUGGCAGGUGUAUUUAUAUUUACCAUUCGAAAUGGUCAGUUAAGUUAUACCUAUUAAAACAUGAGUCACACUUGCCUUCUCUGAUACACAUAGAAAGUUCCCUGACUAGAUGUGACUCCCAGUCAUUUGGUAAAAAAACAUAUGACUCAUCACGGUUUCUUGUGAUGACCUCGUUUUUGCGCGUCAUACUUAUGUGGAACUAUCUGAUGCCAGUGAGAAAAGUAUUGUGUAAGGAACUGAUGAAAUCUCCUGAAAACAUACCGGCUUAUAGUCAGCUCAAUCCCUUCACUGACAAUUUUGCAAUUCGUGUGCGAAAAUGCAAUUAUGUAUAUAGCUAAUUAUAUUAAGUACACAUGUCCUUAUGUUAGACUUGAUUAGUUGAUCACUAUAAUCAGUGGUACCUAUAUUGAGCGACUAAGCAAUAUUUCAACAAUUAUUUAUAUUCCAGUUUCGUUUUCUUUCAACCCCUUAUUUGCCAAGAGUGGCACUGAAGCUUUAGUAGUUUCAUGUGUUCUGCCUACCCCUUUAUGGGAUACAGGCGUGAUUGUAUGUAUGUAUGUAUUUAUAUUGUAUGAGGCUUGGCUCAUUUCAAAGCAAAUUUCUAGUUAUUUGCCUGUAUGAGGAAUGUUAUCGCACGCGUAAUAAACCGACGAUAGCUAAUCGAUUUGUUCCAAUUUUAAUGAAUUUAUUAGCUAUUGCGUAACUUUAGGUAUUUCGAUGACUAACUUCAAUUGGAGACCGUGUAUAAAAUUAGUCUGUAUAAUAUAUACACAGUCCCUAAUUGCAAAUUAAUACAAAUAUCACCAAUAAUAAAGUAGAUUCAAGGGUUCAACAAGGUUUUUAUGUACUUACAUAACUAUCGAUCUCUUCGAUUAAAUUCAAAUGAAAAUAAAUUGGAGUUGCUUUUGUUUUGUUUCGUUCCACAUAUAAAAAAAAAAAAAAAAACUAUCUGCUGCACUAUAUUAUUUAAUACUAGGACAUUAGCAAGAUACUGUGAACUACACGCUAUAAGCCGACAUAUUUUCUAGAAACAUCCUUAGAAAUGUGUAAAAUAUCGAUUCGCUGAUACCUUUCAAUAAUUCAAAAUGACACUUAUGUUCACCGUGUCACGGUGUAUUUCACGUCACCUAUUUCACGUUAAUUUUAUGUUACGCUUCGUUCGACCGAUAACGCGUUGUUAAGUUCUAAUUCUUCCAUUAGUGUUAACGCUGUACAGUUAUCGCUUUUGUUAUGUUCGGAUAUUUUAAUUGCUGUGUUAUCGCAGAAAUAAUUAACAAUACCGGUUAGUGGGAGUAACACUCGUCUUUGUAUAAUUUAACUAAUGUACCUAGAUAUGUUUACACAGAUGUUUGAUAGUAAGGGUAUUUCCUGUACUUAUCAUUAGGAAAUCAUCUUCAUGACUACUGGGGAAAAAAUGAAGUAGGUAUAAACAACCUUAAACUGUCAAUAAGACACCGGAUCUUUUGGAGACUUCGAUACUACGAGUACCUUAAAAAACGAGUUCACUUACUUAUACUCUGUACAAUUAAUUUAAUAAAAUAAAACUAUAGAAACGGUUAUCGCGUAUAAUGAAUUUACAAUUCAUCUCGACGUUUCGAACACUUUACAGCAUUCGUUGUCAUGAAUUGUACAUUCAUUAUACGCGAUAUACUUAAUCCGUUUCCAUAGUUUUAUUUCAUGAGUAACUAUCGUGGUAACCCAAGACAAUAUUAAUUUAAUAAAGUAAUCAAUGCAAAUUAUAUUUUAUCAAGGAUAUGAGAGAGUUAAGGAUUUUGUGAUAUUCGGCCUAGACUGGCCUCGGUAAACCUUAUAUCUUUAAUAACACAAUUUCUACAGAAAUAGUUGUUGAGAAAGUUAUUUUUUAAUAUGAGUGUUACUCCCAUCGCCAGUACAUUUGUUUUGUCAGUUAUAGAGUAGUGAGCAAGUGCCAAACGCGGGCAAUUGCCGCCCGCCCGGCUGAACUGAAUAAACUCAACGAAUAUGCAUACAUGUGAUGUGCCUCACGACGCGUUCAAACUGUUCUCUCAUUGACAAUCUAAACGCGUUUGUAAGGCACUUCGCUGAAUUGUUAAUAUUCAAGGUGGGACAUUUUUUUGUUACUUAAAACUGAUUAUAAAUGUGAAAAUAAGAUAAAUCCUUUGUUAUUGCUAGCGAUCCCUUCUUAUCAGUAUUAAAAAUCAUGUGCCUAAUUAGGUAUCUAUUUUUUUUAUGUAUAAGCCAAUGCCCAAUGCCAUCAGUAGCAUUAUCAAUGUUAAUUACCAGAAAAAACAAAUUGUAGCAAGGUCAUUGAUAUAAUGUAAAUAUGUAUUGACUGUAUUGUUGCCACAGCUGGGCGGGCUAUGUUAUGUUUUAUGUUAAUCGCUUCGCUUGCGGUGGACGGGCCGCGUAACUUAGGUAGACCUAAUGGAUGUAAAACGUAGUGUAAGGAACGAUUUUAUUGAAUCUGUAAUAUUUUAACAAAAUAUAUUUAAUGUUUUUUUA